GAAUGUAAGAAGUGUACAGUCAGAGAAAGCAGUGUAAACAGACGCUACUCUUUCUUUGCAUCCUGGUGGCAAUGACCUGUGGACAAUGAGAAGAACAGAGGUGUUUGUGCUCCUGCUGCUAAGAAUGGAUCUGCAGGUAAAUGCUACUGUAGACGAGACCUCUCCAGCACAAACCUCCAGGCCAGAGAAGAAGGUGGAGACAGAAGAUGGAGCUAGUGAGACUAACCCUCAAGUCGACACUGCUUCUCCAGCUUUCUUGGGUAAACUGUUGGUGGUACCGCCGGAUGGAAGCCACUGGGUGGGAAUAAAGGCUAUAGCUGAAGAAAUGGGCCGACGUGGACACAAAGUCACAGUGGUCAUACCAGAAAUUAGCCUAACGUUAGGCCCAGGGAAACACUAUGACACUGUGACCUUCCCUGUUCCUUAUGACAAGGCUCAUCUUGACUUUGUGAUGUGCACAUAUAGAACCAAAGUGGUAGAGCUUACACAGCUCAAGGCUCAAUUUUUACAUUUACAACAAAAACUUCUACCUUUAUACCACAUGACUGCAGAGAGUCUACUGUUUAAUGCCAGUCUCAUCUCACAUCUGGAACAGCAGGGCUUUGAUGCCUUAUUGACAGAUCCUAUCAUACCUACAGGCACAAUAGUGGCUCGAAAACUAGGUCUUCCUACUAUUAAUUUACUGCGAUCAAUUCCAUGUUCCUUGGACAUGAGGUCUGCAGGUUGUCCCUCCCCUCCUUCAUAUGUGCCUCGCUUUUUCACCAGCUACACAGAUAAAAUGAACUUCAAACAAAGGCUGCUCAACACAGUGGUGUCUUUUCUGGAGCCACUGAUGUGUCAACUGCUUUAUUGGCAAUUUGACAACAUGGCCCAUCAGUUCCUGGGAGAUGAGGUCAGCACAGCUCAAAUGCUGUCCGACACUGAUAUCUGGCUGCUGAGGUUUGACUUCACACUAGAUUUCCCACGUCCUUUGAUGCCUAAUUUUAUAAUUGUUGGUGGCAUAAACUGCAAAGUGAGGACUCCUUUGUCUGAGGUGAAGGACUUGGAGUCCUGGGUGUCAGAAAAACAGGGGUUUGUGGUGUUCGCACUUGGCACCAUGGUGUCACAUAUGCCAGAGGAGAUAACCUCUGUCUUCCUCCAGGCCUUUAAGCAAAUUCCACAGAAGGUCAUAUGGAGGUACACUGGGCAGGUUCCUGGUAAUGUCCCAGAAAAUGUGAAGAUAAUGACAUGGAUCCCUCAGAAUGACCUGCUGGCACAUCCUGGAGCUCGAGCCUUCAUCACUCAUGCUGGAUCACAUAGUCUGUUUGAGGGACUGUGUCACGCUGUUCCCAUGGUGAUGUUACCGAUUCAAUGGGACCAAACAGACAAUGCACACAGGUUGGCCAGCAGGGGUGCAGGCGUGGUCUUUGACAUUUAUUCUAUGUCUUCAGAGGACCUUGUGUUGGGAUUGAAUGAGGUCAUCAAUAAGACCAGGUGUAAAGAGAACAUUCAGAAACUUUCCAUUCUCCAUAAAGACAGACCCGUUGAGCCACUCAACCUUUCAGUUUACUGGACAGAAUUUGUGAUGCGCCACAAAGGAGCAAAGCAUCUCAAAGCUGCUGUGUCUCAUCUCAACUGGUUCCAGUAUUUCUGUCUGGAUGUUGUAGCACUACUAGCUUUUGUAGGACUGGUUAGUAUAGGACUAACAGUAAAAUGCUUCAAACUGUGUCUGAGGAAAGUGAGUGGGAAGAGAAAACUAGACUAAGAUACAGUAGAAAUAGAAUACAAGGAUUUGUAUUGGAAAGAAUGCUUCCAUUUUUAAAAAAAUCUGUAAAAUUACGAUGAUUACUUCCGUACGUACACUUAAUCUUUUUUCUUCGUUUUCACCUUCUCUCUAAAUGGAGACAAGUAUCUGCUGCUGCUUUGCUGUUAAGGGAAGCACAACCCAAUCUGUUCAAACCUUAUCAUUGUGAUCCUAAAGUUAAAUUUUGAUUAUAUAAUAAUAGAUUUUAAAAGUUAUACUGACAACCUUUUAACUUUACUAAACGAAAAAAAUAAAUAAAAACAACAGUAAUUCACUUUUUAGUAUAUCUUCUUUAGUAUAUAUUUUGCAUAUGCUUUAACCUUAUUAAGACCAGAACAAUGUUUAGGUCAAUCUAAAAAACAGAGCAACUUCACAAUGAAUAUGUCGUAUUUUGAGUUUCUUUUCAGCUAUUUCCGGUUUUAUUUUGUAGUCAGUUCCGGUUUCUGUUCCUCUGUGCUCCAUGCCACCUUUAAUAUGCAUCACCUGAUCAGCCACCUGUUCCUCAUUACAUAAUGAGUCAAUCAGUCACCAGUACCCCAGUCCUUCGCCAGAUCUUCAGCUUUUUCCAGCGUUGUACUCCACUCCUGGUGAUUCUGUAAGUUACGAGCCUUUGGUGAAACGUCCUCACCUGUACCUUAGCCGCGCUUGACUUGUCUGUUGCCGACCUGAGAGAAUUGUGACUCUGCCUUAGCCUGCUACCUACCUGUGCCUCUGCCGAUCACUUACCUGUGUGUCAACCCAUGCUUGUGUACUGGCUAAAGAUUCUACCAUUAAAACCUGAUUCUCUAUCA